UCCUCCUCUUGAUUGUUCUUUCUUUGAUGCCAUUUCUACUAUUCUUUGCAAUUUCGUGAUCAUCUCUCUCUCUCUCUCUCUCUCUUAGUGAAGAGGCAAACAUCCAUUAGAUCUUCCUUUCUACUCUCGACAACUCCAACCAUGGCAGAUCCCUAUGCUGAUCCCUUCAAAGCUUUCCGCAGAGAGUAUCCUUUCUCCUGUAACCCAUUUUCUGAGUUCUGCCAUGGCGGCACCAACUCCUGCCUCCCUCCCCAGACCCUCUCUCCUCCUGUGAGGGAGGCCCUCCCUCUCCUCAGUCUCAGCCCUACGAGGCACCAAGAGGUGGAAAACAGCUCCUCUUGCAGUGCCGUUAAUGAAGGUGGAAAGGUCAAGGCCGCCGUGGACACUGAUGGUGAAGCUGAUGCUGUGACUGUGUCUCUGCACAUAGGCCUUCCCAGUCCUGGUGCAGUGGAUCUGACGCCAAGAUUCUCUUCAACUCCAGAGGAUACUAGUGGGGGAAAGCAAGAGCAAGGUGGCGACGAUGAAGACGAUGUGGUUUACCCUAUCGAUCUUAUAGGAAGGAUCAACAAGGGACAGUAUUGGAUUCCCACCCCUACCCAGAUCCUAAUUGGUCCAACCCAGUUCUCUUGCCCAGUAUGCUGCAAGACCUUCAAUAGAUACAACAACAUGCAGAUGCAUAUGUGGGGACAUGGAUCACAGUAUCGGAAGGGACCCGAGUCUCUGAGAGGCAUCCAGCCGACGGCGAUGCUGAGGCUUCCCUGCUACUGCUGCGCCCCCGGUUGCCCCAACAACAUCGACCAUCCGAGAUCAAAGCCAUUGAAGGACUUCAGGACCCUCCAAACUCACUACAAAAGGAGGCACGGAAUCAAGCCCUUCGUGUGCCGGAAGUGCAGCAAGGCUUUUGCGGUCAGAGGCGACUGGAGGACCCAUGAGAAGAACUGCGGCAAGCUGUGGUACUGCAUCUGUGGCUCAGACUUCAAGCACAAGAGGUCACUGAAGGAUCAUAUCAAGUCCUUCGGCAGUGGGCACGCCGCGUACGGCAUCGACUGCUUCCAGGAGGCAGCGGAGGAGGAGGAGGAGGAGGAGACAUCGUCGGAGAUCGAACAAGAUGGUUUCCAGUCCUACAAGGGAAGGAAACACGGCUUCCUGGGUCGCAGGUGAUGAACUAUAUCAUCAUGCCAUGCUUGUUUCCUUUUUCUUCCUUUGUCUCUCUAGAUUUAAGUGUUCCCUCACCAUAGAUCCCUUCUCCUACUCUCUCCUUUCUACUAUUAAGCCAGUAAAUAAAGAUCGAUACAUGGCAAUAGGGA